AUGUUAUCAUUAUGCUUCCUUCCAUGUAUCACCCUCCCCUUGACUGUCGCCGCUUCGAGUCUUCAAGCACGACAAGAUGACCUCUCGACGUUCAUCGCCGAGGAGCGUCCUAUUGCACUCGCAGGCGCCCUCGCCAACAUUGGUGGCCUCAACUCCAGCUGGGUCGAAGGAGCCAGUCCCGGUAUCGUCGUCGCCUCUCCGUCCACAGUCAAUCCAAACUACUUUUACACAUGGACCCGCGACUCGGCAUUGACAUACACAAUGCUCAUCGACGAACUCAUCUUCGGCAACAUCAGUCUACGGAAAACCAUCGAAGAUUAUACGACUGCCCAAGCGAUUCUGCAAACCGUCACCAAUCCGUCCGGCUCCCUCUGGCCGGCAGGCGACGGCCUUGGUGAGCCAAAAUUCUACACCAACAUGACCCGCUUCGACGGAACGUGGGGAAGGCCACAGCGGGAUGGUCCAGCCUUAAGAGCGACAACAUUCAUGAACCUCGCGCCUGUGCUGUUCAACCUGAAUGAAACAGAGACGUUCUUGGAGAUCUACUGGCCUCUGAUCUUGAACGAUCUGAAAUACGUCGGACAGUACUGGAAUCAGACGGGCUUUGACCUAUGGGAAGAAGUCCACGGCUCAUCCUUUUUCACCGUCGCCGCACAACACCGCGCUCUCGUGCAGGGUGGCCUCCUCGCUCAGAAACUCAACACGACAUGUACCCCGUGCAAGCAGGCUUCUCAGAUCCUAUGUUUCCUGCAACACAAUUUUUGGAACACCUCUGGCAACUAUCUCACCGCCGACGUCAACGCCAACCAGGUCACCCGCAGCGGUAUCAACAGCGAUCCGAUCCUAGCGAGCAUUCACGUAUUUGAUGCAAAUGCCUCUUGCAACACUGGCUCAUUCCAACCAUGCAACUCGAAAAUGUUCGCCACGCACAAAACUCUUGUCGACAGUUUCCGCAACCUGUCGUGGCCGGUCAAUGACAAGGCCGCCGCAGGCCAAGCGAUCCUCGUGGGCCGAUAUCCCGAAGACACAUACUACGACGGCGGAGCGUGGCCAUUGUGCACAUUCGCCUGCGCCGAGAUGCUCUACGACGCCGUCGCGCAGAUCAAGCGCGCUGGGAUACUUAGCGUCGACAGCAUCAGCCUGCCCUUCUUCCAGGAUCUCAGUCCGGACGUGAAAGUCGGGAACUACACAGACCAGGAAAUGCACGCCAUCUUGGCCAACAUGUCGACUUAUGCCGAUGGCUUUGUACGGGCCGUCCAGCAAUACCUCCCCAAAAACGGCAGCAUCAGCGAGCAAUUGAACCACACCACCGGCUCGUCGACCUCGGCGUCCAAAUUGACAUGGUCGUUUGCGUCGUUCAUCACCAUGUCCCGCCGGCGCGCCUCGCAGUUCCCACCAUCCUGGGGCGCCGACACUGCCCAGGCGAACACGAACCUCACAGCAGUACAAUGCAAACCCUCGUCGUACAAUGGCACAGGGACAUACGCUCCCGCCCUGGCCGCGGGGGCGCCGAACAUCGCAAUGCCAUGCGAAGUCGAGGUUUUGUUCGUGGUCAACGCGACGACCCAGUUCGGUCAGAAUGUAUAUAUUGCCGGCAACGUGACGAAACUCGGUGGGGCCCUGAACGAUCCGGGGAGUGUGAUUCUACCGCUCAAUCCGGGAAACUACACGAGUGAACGGCCGGAGGGGUAUGUGGACAUCUUCCUCCAGGCGGAUCAGACGGUGCGGUAUCAGUACGUAUUACAGAAUGGGGAUGAGUUCGUAUUCGAGAGUGGCCAGAACCAAGACAGGAUGGUGAAGGUGCCGGAGUGUGGAGGGGAGAUGGUCAGGACGGAUGAUGCGGCGAGUUUCUCGUGA